AUGGAUCGGAGGGCAUUGUUUGCCGAAAGGCAAGAGGCAGCUCGGAAAGAUGUGGAGUGUGCAUUCGGAGUCCUCCAAGCACGGUGGGCUAUUGUGAAGGGAGCGGCCCGUGGUUGGCAGCGUACAAUAAUCGCCGACAUCAUGUAUGUAUGUAUCAUAAUGCAUAACAUGAUCGUUGAGGACGAGGAAGAAAAUGUCACUUUGUGGAGCGACGAUCCGCUCGCCAACACCGGGAGAAACUACACUGUCACCGUCCCGUUCGUGCAGGGCAUUCCUCCCGACCUCUGCGAUGUCAUGGCCCGUUCAGUUACGAUGCGCCAAGACGAACUACACACUCGCCUCCAAGCCGAUCUAAUUGAAGAGAUUUGGACACGCACCAACGUUUUCCAGAAUUGA